UCAGACAAGAAGCAUACCGCAGAAGAACCCACACAACCGUUCCAAUACGCACAGAGGGAGAACGGGAGCUGGGGGAGCUGGCUUGGCAGUGCUGUCUUCAGAGUUUUUUUGCUUCAAGUUAUCAGCUCUGUUUUUUUAUGUCAUUUCUACGGGGAGAUAAUUGAAUUCUUCCAUGAUGAAACUUGUGCUUGUUUUUGCUUUGGUUGUGUCUUUCUUCACAGAAAAUCUAUUACUUCCCGUUGGAAAAGAACGACAGAGAGAAGAUGUGGUAACACGGUGCUUGGUUGAGGUCCUGUCCAAGGCACUGACCAAACCUGACUCUCACCCUCUGGAUCAGGAAUGCAAAGAUAUUCUCAAAGCAGGUGCCCAACAUGCUGCUCUUCUGGAGAAGAAAAGUGAUGAGGAGGUGCUGACCCAUAAAGAGGAGGUCAAAGGUCAUGAACCUGAGCCUGAGGUUCCAGGGGCUGACGUGAAGGACAUCGAGGCCCGCCUGAAGUCUGUGGAGGAGAAGAGAGAGACACCGGAGGACGAAGAGCGCAGCCAGGAGUCAUGGGACCUCAACGAUGAAAAGGAGAAGAGGAUUUGGAAACCAACGCACAGGUAUCAUCACAAAGAGGUGUCUGAGGAGAAGAGAGAAGAGCCAGACGAAGAACGUAGCCAGGAAUCCUGGAGCCUGGGRGAUGAGAAGGAGAAGAGAUAUAGGCCUACCUAUCGGUACACCCCAAAGACACACCACAAACGAGACGAAGACGGUUUAGAGGAGGAGAGAGAAGAGCCAGAAGAGGAACGCAGCKAAGAGUCCUGGAGCCUGGGCGAAGAGAAGGAGAAGAGAGAGACACCGAAGGACGAAGAGCGCAGCCAGGAGUCAUGGGACCUCAACGAUGAGAAGGAGAAGAGAAUUUGGAAACCAACGCACAGGUAUCAUCACAAAGAGGUGUCUGAGGAGAAGAGAGAAGAGCCAGACGAAGAACGUAGCCAGGAAUCCUGGAGCCUGGGCGAAGAGAAGGGCGAAGAGAAGGAGAAGAGAUAUAGGCCUAUCUAUCGGUACACCCCAAAGACACACCACAAACGAGAUGACAAAGGUGAAAAGUGCAGUCAGGAGUCCUGGGAUCUGAAGGAUGAGAAGGAAAAGAGAGAGGAGGAAGAGGAAAGAGAGAAAAGAAUUUGGAAACCCACACACAGGUAUCACCACAAGAAACAUCACAAACGAGGUGCUGACUCACCAGAGGAGGAAUCAGAGGAAAAGAGAUCAGAUGAGUCAGAAGAAGAGGAGGAUAGAGAGAAGAGAAUCUGGAAACCAACAAACAGGUACCAUCACAACAAGCAUCACCAACGCAGUGGGGAUUCCUCAGAGGAGGAAGAAGAGGAACGAAGGAGUGAUUCUGACGAACAGAAGGAGAAGAGGCACGGAGAUGCCGAGGAGGAGAGAGAGAGGCAGGAGGCUCUGAUGUACCUGGCGGAGAAGAGGAGUGAGGUGGAGAGUCGUCUCCUGGGGGAGGGGGAGACAUAUGAGAAACGUUCUCCCUGGGCGUACAGAGGAUACUACCACCCCGCCUGGUGGAAGCGAGGGAUAGAGCCACUCACACCAUCACAUAAGAUGGAGGAACUGGCAAAGCUGCUYAAGAGGCACCAACUGGCCAGCCAAUCAGAGCCAGCGGAGGAGAGGAAGAAGAGCGUACCUCUAACCCCAGAGGAGGAGAAAGAGCUGCAAAACCUAGCAGCUAUGGACAUGGAGCUACAGAAAAUUGCUGAGAAGAUGCAUGAAAACAAGAGCAAAUAGAUAGUGGACAGGCCGACAGGGAUGCUAACCUACUAGCUCAGUGUGCUAACCUUGUAUAAGAAAAUACUAGAGAUGAAGAGAUGGGAGAACAAAAAAAUAAAUCUAAGAGACUUGCCACAAAUUCUGCUGUGAUAACAUCAACGUAAAUAAAUGUUWAAAAAAAGAA